GAUUCGUCUCUCUUGAACCCAAACCACCAACAGCUUUGUAUUCUACUGUUUACACAUAACCUACAUAUCACUGUAACAUGAGCGGAAAAGGCAAAGCAGGAAAAUCGUCAGGUGGCAAAGCAGGUGGCGAGGGGAAGUCGCAGUCGCGUUCUGCAAAGGCUGGCUUGCAGUUCCCUGUCGGUCGUGUGCAUCGUCUCCUUAAGAAGGGUAACUAUGCCCAACGUGUUGGUGCAGGAGCUCCUGUGUAUCUCGCUGCUGUAUUGGAGUACCUGGCUGCCGAAAUUCUUGAGUUGGCUGGUAACGCAGCUCGCGACAACAAGAAACAACGUAUCGUCCCUCGGCAUCUCCAGUUGGCCAUCCGAAAUGACGAAGAAUUGAACAAACUACUAGGAGAUGUUGUUAUUUCUCAGGGUGGUGUUGUGCCUUUCAUUAAUCCAGAGCUUUUGCCCAGCAAAACCAGUCGGGGCAAGAAAGAGGGCGCAAGCCAAGAAGUUUAGAUCUGACUGUUAUUUAUCUUCAUUAUUCGUCUAUCCUGUUAGGCUCGCUGUAUUUUGUAUCUUUAAAUUUGACGUCGUUCACUGUAAAUGUCUCCCUCAUCGAAUAUCGUCAAAGCAAUCAGGCCAUGAAUCCAGCCCACUGCUCUGGUAGCCCAUGGCACCAUGUACAUU